CCGUCGUGGACCUCCGGCACUUGUGUGGAGCCCACUGCAUCGUUGACUUGGUUCCUUGGCAAAGGAGGCAACAAUUCUUCCGGGAGGGGCUCCAAUUCCGCUUCUGGAUUCCCCUCCUCGAUCGAAGCCCUUCAUCUUUCCUCUUCCCCCUCUUUGUUUUCUGUAAUAUCUGAUUCCCCUUUGAGCUCCUUCCCUUCUUCUUCCCCUUACAUCUUCUCUCUCUCUCUCUCUCUCUCUCUCUCUCUCUCUCUUCCUGUAUUGCUCUGUCUUCACUAAGAUUCAUAAAGUUUCUAACUCGUUAAAAAGCAGCCUACAUAUUUCGGUUGGUGUUUCUUCUGAUUCCCUCUCCAAAAAGUUCCAAGCAUCUAUUUACCUUUUUUUUGUUCCUCUUCUUGUGAAUAUUCUUUUCUUUUUUUUCAUAUUUUUCUGUAAUUUUUCCCUUUAUUCUGCUAUAAGAUUGGAUUGGAUUGGAUUCUUUUCUCGAAUUUUGGGUGAUUUCAUCUGUAAAAAUCUCUCCUUUCGAGCCUUGUUGUUUGGUUAAUCCUUGAUGGGUGGUCAGCUCAGCAAGAGGCCCAGUAUGCGGCGGGACCCCAAGGUCAACGGCGGCGGCGCAACCCGCUCGAGUGCUGCCCAGACGGGAAUUCAGCAGUACACGGCGGAGCUGAGCUCCUACGAGGAGGCGUGUCGCCUUUACCCCGAGCUCCAGUCCUUCGAUGCCACCGUGCAGCAGCGCACAAGCCACGCCAUCUGCACGCUCGCCCAAGGCGUCGAGAUCGGCUCGCUCGCUUUCGACACCCUCAGGGAGAUCACCGACGGCAUCCUCGAGACGAACCAGGAGGUGGUCCGUUUCCUGCUGGAAUGCAAGAAGGACAUCUGGAAGAACCCCGAGCUCUUCGACCUCGUCGAUGACUACUUCAACUGCAGCAUCCAGACCCUCGACUACUAUACCGAGCUAGAGAGGUGCCUCAAGAAAGCUCGCGACAGCCAAUUGAUCAUCCAGUUCGCUCUCCAGCGCUUCGAGGAGGAGGAUGAAGCGGAAUCCAGGGAAGAUGACAAGACGAAGUACAUUGAAACCCUGAAGAAAUUGAGGCAAUUCAAGGCAGCUGGUAAUCCGUUCACCGAAGAGUUCUCUCAGGUCUUCCACUCCGUUUACACUAUGCAGCAGUCAAUGCUCGAGAAGCUGCUGCUGAGAAAGAGGAAGCUCGACAGGAAGCUGAAGUCCGUGAAAGCAUGGAGGAAAGUGUCGAACAUGAUCUUCGUGGCAGCUCUCGCAGCAUUCAUUAUAUGCUCGAUCGUGGCAGCUGCCAUAGCAGCACCUCCUGUUGCCGCUGCCUUGGCCGCGGCAUCCGCAAUUCCCAUCGGUUCGCUGGGCAAGUGGGUCGGUUCACUGCUAAAGCGACACCAAGAUGCUUUGGUGGAGGAGAAGGAGCUGCUUUCUUGGAUGCAGAUCGGUACCUGCGUCGCUCUAAAAGACUUGGAUACCCUGCGGUUGCUGGUCGAUAAGCUGGAAAUCCAUUUCAAUUCGGUGCUGGAGAAUGCAGAUUUUGCCCUCAGGGAUGAGGAGGCAGUGAAGUUUGCAGUGGAGGAGAUCAAGAAACAAAUGGAAUUCUUCAUGAACAAUAUAGAGGAUUUGGGGAAGCAAGUCGAUCAGUGCAGCAGGUAUAUCAGGAAGGCAAGGACAGUGGUUUUGCAGAGGAUCAUGAUGCACCCACACCCACACCCACACCCAAAAUAAAGAAGAAGACACCUUGGUAUGUGAUUGUGAAAGCUCUGUAUCUUCUGCCAUUGCUGCAAUCUACAACCAUUUGAUCUAGGAGAACCAACCAACCCACCCGAAGCUACGAAGCUGAUAUAAUUAUCUAAUAAUAAAAAUCUUUUUACCAAAUAAU